AUGUCUUAUUUGAGGGCGAUGUUUACUUGCCUAAGUCUAUUUGAUGAUGGGAGUCUGUUAGCCAAGUUGCAAGUUAAGUCGACUUGGAUUGAUCAGGUUUGGGAUAAACAGUUAGGGGAUGAUUAUCUAGUUCUAUGGUUUCGUCAAGUGGAGGAUGAUAGUACUUCUGAUUUGAGGCUAAAUAGUGAUGGGGUUCUACAGUGUAUUCUGAGGGAAGCACAUAGUAGCCUUUAUGCUAUGCAUCCCAGUGGGAAUAAGAUGUAUCGGGAUCUUCGUGAGUUAUACUGGUGGUCUAGUUUAAAAUGGGAGGUAACAGACUUUGUUUCUCAUUGUUUAAUGUACCAACAAGUUAAGGCUGAGCAUCAGUUGGCUUUGGGUUUGCUUCAACCCGUUAAGAUUCCCAUGUGGAAAUGGAAACGUGUGACUAUGGACUUCAUUGAUGGUCAGUUUGAGAGUGUGAUUCAGAUGCUGAAGAAUAUGCUUCAGAGUUGUGUGAUAGAUUUUCGAGGUAGUUGGGAGGAUUUUCUGCCUUUAGCCGAGGUUUUGGGUCUUGAGUUGGUUUCUAAGACUGAAGAUAAAGUCAGACUGAUUCGGGAUUAUCUUAAGGUGUCUUCUGACAUGAAGAAGUCUUAUGUUAAUCUGAAAAGGAGAGACAUCGAGUAUUCUGUGGGAUAUUAUGUGUUUCUCAAGUUAGAGCUACCUCCAGAGUUAGAUCGUAUCCAUGAUAUGUUCCAUGUCUCUAUUUUAAGGCGAUAUCAAUCGGACUCGUCUCAUGUAGUUUAUGUUGAGGAAAUUGAGGAUAGACCAGAAUUGACUUUUGAGGAGGAGCUGGUUCAGAUUCUAGAUCGAGACAUUAAGGUUUCGAUGAGGAAAUCUAUUCCAUUAGUGAAGGUUCUAUGGCGGAAUCAUAGCACUGAGGAAGCCAUGUGGGAACCUAAGGACUCAAUCUGUCUAUAA